CCGUCAGCCAAUUGCCGUGCAAGCUGGGCUCCCAUUCUCUUCCGCCAUCCCGACUACUGCGGCCCAUUGGAAACUGUUGGCUGCGCGCAGGUGCGCCCUUUGCCUCCCUGUCUGCUGGUGUUGCUUGCGCUGGGUUCGGAAGAUGCGGCUGCGCUCGGGGGUCUUCGCCUCCUCCUGCCUGCUCGUGCAAGCGCUGGGCGUCGGGCUCUUCCUUAGAGGCUUCUUCCCCGUGCCAGUGAGGUCUCUGCCUCGGAAUGGGGCAGUCGUCGGUCCUCCGCCAGAGCCGCCUCCCACAGGAUUCUCUUCCAACUGGACCAGGAUGCCAUCUCCUCUCUUUAAAAAAGUUGUCAUAGUAUUAAUUGAUGCCUUGAGGGAUGACUUUGUGUUUGGCUCAAAAGGCAAACGGUUCAUGCCUUACACGACCCAGCUGGUGGAAAGAGGAAUAUCUCAUAGUUUUAUAGCAGAAGCAAAGCCACCUACAGUCACCAUGCCUCGAAUUAAAGCACUGACAACGGGCAGCAUUCCUGGCUUCACUGAUGUCAUCAUGAACCUCAAUUCUCCAGCUUUGCUGGAAGACAACUUGAUACAGCAGGCCAAAACAGCUGGAAAAAGGAUAAUCUUCUAUGGGGAUGAUACUUGGGUGCGGCUGUUUCCAAAGCAGUUUGUAGAAUAUGAUGGAACGACGUCUUUUUUUGUCUCGGACUAUACUGAGGUUGAUGAUAACGUCACUAGACAUUUGGAUCACGUGCUGAAAAGAGAAGACUGGGAUUUACUCAUCCUUCACUACUUGGGACUGGACCACAUUGGUCACCUGAGUGGACCACACAGCCCUUUAGUAGGGCCAAAGCUUUCUGAAAUGGAUAACAUCAUCAAGAAGAUUCAUACUUCUCUCCUCUCCAAGGAGCAGGGAGAAGCAGCUUCGCCCCGUCUGCUUGUGGUAUGUGGCGAUCAUGGAAUGUCUGAAACAGGCAGCCAUGGAGGUUCCUCAGAGGGUGAAAUACGCACGCCCCUGCUUUUGAUGAGCUCUGCUUUCAACAGGGCCAAUGGUCCUCAGAAGCCUCCAGAGCUUGUUCAACAGACUGACUUAGCCGUUACGCUGGCAAUAGGUCUUGGCUUGCCAAUCUCAAGGAACAGUGUUGGGAAGCUUUUACUGCCCAUCAUACAACAGAAGCCAAUGAGAGAACAGCUACGGUACUUGCAUUUAAAUGGAUUCCAGCUCAGCAGACUUCUCCAAGAGAACGUGCCUAAAUAUGAAAAAGAUCCUGGAUUCGAGCAGUUCAAGAUGGCAGAAAAAUCCCAUGGAAAUUGGAUCAAGCUUUAUUUGGAGGGGAAUACUUCUGAAGUCCUUCUAAAUCUUGGCAAAAAAGUCCUUAAGCAAUAUUUGGAGGCCCUUAAGAUCUUGAGCUCCUCUUUAAGCAAGCAAGUGGCACAAUAUGACAUGUAUUCAAUGAUAGUGGGAACCAUCAUUGUUCUUGAGGUGUUGGUGCUGCUCCUCUUGAGUAUCCCAAAAGCUCUAAGCAGCAGGGCGGAACUUGAAGUGCCCCUCUCUCCAUUGUGCUCUCUGCUGUUCUACUUGACAUGCCUGAUGCUCUGUGCGCUUCACGUGGUUGUGUGCACCUCGACGGAGAGCUUGUGCUAUUUCUGCAGCAUUUCGUGGCUGACAGCAGUUGGAAUAAUUGUGCUGAUGUCUGGGCUUCUCUGCAUCAUCCUCUCUGCCCUGGAAAAGGCGUUUGUGAAUCCAAAGCAAUUGGCGAAGAAUCCAGCUGCUGCUACUUCCAGCUGGUCUGAAUUAGAUGUGCUCAUCCUGGCAGGCACCAUUGGCCACGUGUCAAGUCUGGGCGCUAGCAGCUUCAUUGAAGAGGAGCACCAAACUUGGUACUUCCUCAUUAAUACCCUUUGCCUUGCCCUCUGCCAGGAGAUCUGCAGACACUAUUUCUUGGCCAAAGACUGUGAUCUUCAGCUUCUCUCUAUGGCCAAACCGAAUCCUGAAGAAGUCAAGGGAGCCUGUUACCACCACAAGAAUGACACUGACUUCCUGGCGGAUUGUUUGAAAACAAGCAAGGCAGUCUCCUCUGAAAAUGUGAGGGGCUCUGAGAAGUGGAUGGCGUUGGCAACUCCAUGGGUGAUUCUUAUUUGCUGCCGGUUGCUUCGUUCGCUAAAUCAGACAGGAGUCCAGUGGGCUCAUAGGUCAGACUUUGGACAUUGGUUGACAAGUUCUGAGCAUAAAGCCGAACUUUCUCUUCUGGCAUCAGUAUCCCUAGUGAUGAUCUUUAUUCUCGUUCAGCGGAGAUGUUCUCUGGUUUCGAAAAUAGCAAUGGCACUUGGACUCUUGGGAGUGUACAGUUACCGGGCAGCCAUUGGAAAUGUGGAAUUUCCAUGGCAACGAGACAGCAAAGAUAUUUCAAAGGGCAUAAUUGAAGCUCGUUUUGUUUAUGUCUUCGUUCUUGGCAUCGUCUUCUCAGGCACCAAAGAUUUGCUCAAAUCUCAGGUUCUCUCAACAGAUGCCAGGAUAAAGUUUAUAGGUUUGUGGGAAAUAUAUAGUGGACUAGUCCUGCUAGCUGCACUCCUGCUCAGGCCCCAUAACUUGCCAGUUUUGGUCUUCAGUCUACUUAUCCAAGCCAUGAUGACAAAGUACGUCUGGAAGCCACUUGAGUUUGAUGCAGCUCAAGUUACUAUCAUGCAUUACUGGUUUGGCCAAGCAUUCUUCUUUUUUCAGGGCAACUCGAACAGCAUUGCCUCUGUGGACAUUUCAGCUGGUUUUGUUGGGCUUGAUAGCUAUGUAGAAAUCCCAGCUGUCUUUCUAACUGGAUUUGCGACCUACUCCGGACCUUUGUUGUGGGCCGCUCACUUGCUAUGUUAUUUGAGCUCUGAAGUUAGCAGGAAUUCUUCGGCCAUGGGGCAUGGCUGUUUCUGUUACGCGCUCCUACGUUCCAUUCCUGUUACAGUGUACAUCAUCAUGGUCACAGGACUGCGGUACCACCUCUUCAUCUGGAGUGUCUUCUCACCAAAGCUUCUCUAUGAGGGGGUGCAUGUCUUCAUUACAGCAGCUAUAUGCGCCUUCUUCACAGCCAUGGAUCACAGCCACUUGCGUAAAGUCUAAGACUGAAAGAACUGUUAGGCAGAACCUUACAUAAUUUUGAACAACUGACUGAAUUUCUACUCUGGAAUGUGGAUUCUUGCCUUUAGAUCGAUCCUUAAAGUUCACUAGGUAAUCUAUUUUUAGCGAACGUGUGUGUGUAUGUAUAAAAAUCGGCCUUGUCACAAAGAGUCCAUCAAGUGCUGUUGCGAAAUGUGAUGGGGAGGAAGGGGUUGUCUGUAAACUGUAAUUAAAAGGCUACACAUGGAUUGCGAGAUCACUUCUCUUCCAGAGCUAAUUUUCACGGUCUGCCUUAAUCACAGUUCAACUAAUCAAAUUCUGUGCUUAAUCAUGAUUUUGAACCAGAAUUUGAAGCUGGUUAACAGGCUCUGGUUAAAUGUGAAGUUGGCUAGGCUCAGUUAUGACUAAUAUCCAUGCUGACCAUCUAACUGUGGUUAAGGUAGUCAGUGGGAUUUGGUGCUGGAAGGGGAGAGAGGUCACAGUCUACUCCCAGUCUCUGAAUUGUAAUUGAGAGUUCACCCCUAUUGUAUGUGCAGUAGCUCAAAUGUAUCUGGUUUUAAACAAUUGUACCUCAAAGGAGUUCUUACUGGUUUUCAUUCCUUCAUAUUGGAGUUGUUUCAUUUUAGAUAAUGAUCUACCAGGCUUUAAUAGAUUGCGGGGGGCAGGGUCACUAUGCUUGUUUGUUGACAUUUUAUUUCACUGUUGUUGCCAUUUUCUCAUUGCUUCAAUGUUAAUCAUAUCUUUAAAACUUAGGUUUUUUAUCCUCUUAUCAAAUUCCAUGGAAAGCUGGCUGAUGAACCUUGGUCCAAAGGCUAAAACUAUGAAGUUUGCCUACCUUGGACUGCUAUGGCUGCUUUUUGCUUUUGGAGAUAGAAAUUCUGAAAUAAAUUUGUGAUCCUAAAAUAAAAGUUCUGGGAAAAUGCA